AUGGCGGCAAUUAGAAACAUGACAGAAACAAGGAAGCGAUGUAACUGGAAUACAUGUGCUUGUCUGUCGAUCACACUGGUUGUUGCUAUUAUUUACGGUUUGAUAAGAUCAGUGACUGCCUGGGAGAGAAGUAGCACCAGGCGGGAACAACAUUCAUUGACCUUUCUAUCUGAAGUGACAAACACUAUUGGUUGGCUACUGUUGGGACAAAGUGAGGACCCAACUCAGAUAUCACAAUCAUUUUCCAGUCAUCUGCUUGAAGUAGUUAAGGAGGAUUUACAAGGGACCUACAUACUCCUCGUCACAUGGCUGUGUCCUCUUGUACCAAGGGAGAUAACCUCUGCAGUAGCAGGAAUAAUCUUGCUUGUUUUCCUACUGUUCACCUGUAUAAUGUCUAGAAAACGGUCAAAGCGUGACAGCGCUGACAGUGAAACAACAUCUGAGAAUAAACUUCAAGGUAAAAUGAUGUUACAGAGGGGCAGCAUCAGGAGUGGACAUCGACGCAACUCUGAGGCUGACCAUCAGGGAUUGGGGAUGUAUGAUCAGCUUUGCAGACUGACCUAUGGAAAAAUUGUUUGGAUUUUAGUGAUUUUGGCAUUCCUGGGGAGUCUUCCAUGGGAGUUUGUUCGUUUAUACCAGAUUGAAAUUGCUAAGAAAAUGGCAAAUCUACAGAUUGGUGUUCCCAAGGAGUGUGUGCCAGAUCAAAUGUCGUUCCUACAGAGUUUCCGCAACUGGCUGUUUAGCAUGUUGUCAUGGCAACCAAACCCAUGUGAAAAAUACUACAAGAUGCUGAUGGUGGACCCUUUGUGGGAGGUGUCUCCGAUUAUGGUGAUAUCGUCCACAAUAACCCGGUGUAUAAUCUACCCGAUGGAGCUUUUCUUUGAAGGUGUUGGACGGAGUCUCAGACUUUUCUUCACAGAAAUUCCACUCCAUUGGCAGCCAUUGAUGUUUAUUGCCAUGGUCAUCAUCCUUUUGAUCACUAUAUUAGUACUAGGUGGCUACAGACUUCAUGUUCCAUUUCUUUUUAAAAUGGAACCUAAAACGCCUGUUAUUGUUAAUAAAAAUGUGGUUGUUUAUAAUCCAUCGCCCAAUGAGAACUCUUCCGCCACGCCGAAGAUCAAACGGGGAAGAGGAGGUGGCAGGGCUAAAGUAUUGUUAAAGAAUCUACAGGAACAGGACUCAACAUAUGGUAGAAAAAUCCAAGUUGACGAUGAUGCAUCAAACAGACCAACAAAUAAAACCACAAAAAAGUCUGGUCAGGGGAAAUAAUCAUGGAAAAAAAAUAUCAUUAAUCUGACUAUGUGAUGUGAAAUGUUCAUCACUGAUGAAUUCCAGCUAGGUUACACCUACUUUGUGUAUGAAUGAAAUAUACAUAUCAUAAUUUAUAUUGUUCCUACAAUCUCGUGGGUUGUACACGUUCGAUAUAGGGAGGUGUGAAUUUUGCACUAGGUUUAGGGGAUGGUACAACAUACUGUUAAAUGACACUAACUAGCGUACUUAAAUAAUCUGUGAUAGUUUUUAUACUCUGAGAUUUUAAAAAUAAAAAGUAAUUACUUGUCAGUG